UCCGACAGUUCUGGCUACUCAGCACCGUGGAUGCAAUCGUUUGGAUGGGAACGUUCCUGACGGUGGUCCUGGUGGCCAUCGAUAUCGGGCUGCUCGUCGGGAUGGUGCUCAGCAUUUGCAGCAUCUUCUUCCGCGGUAUGAAGCCGUACACAUGCCUGAUGGAGAACGUCCCCAAUAUGGAUCUGUACUUGGAUGUUAAUCGCUACAAAGCCACAAUCGACAUUUCUGAAGUGAAAAUCUUCCACUUUUGUGGCAGUAUGAACUUCGCCACCAGGGCCGGCUUCAAGGCGAGUUUGUGCGAAGUUUUAAAGCUGAAUCUUAUCAAGGAGAUCAAAAAAUCCAAACGGAAGGACUACUAAAAGCAGUUCAGCUUCAGGUUUCUGGUGUUGGAUUUCAUGGCCUUGAGUAACAUCGAUCCAUCGGCGGUGUCCGCGCUGAAGGUUUUGAUCACGGAGUUCGGUAAGCUUUCGGUGAAGGUUCUGGUGGCUGGAUCGUCCUGCCCGGUAUACGAGAGGA